AUGACAUCGUGGCGACAGGGGGAGGGGGUGCGAAUACAACCACAAUCAGGGACGCAUCACCAGGCACAGAGACCGUUUCAAGAGAGAGAGAAACGGAGGCACGAUAACUGGGACAUCGGAGUAUAUGACGGUGUCUCUAAGAAGGGAACACCUAGUUACCUACCCAAACACUCAACCAAGCGAACCGCUGUCACAACCACCAGGUGUACCUCGCUUUUUGUUCCAAGGCCCAAAGAGACACUCGCUGUUCACAACUCAACCAGGAAACCCCAGCUACGGAAGCAACGAGAUAUGGUUAUCGGCCUUCUAGUCAUUGCGGGAAUUCCCACGACAAUAGGCGUCUGCGAAGCCUUGAGCGCGCAGAAAAAAGCCAACAACGCAGCUAAAGAGAAGGCCAAGUUCCACUUAACAGCCUCAAUCUCCCUGGAUGGAGGACCACCAGAGGAGUGUUUUUGUGUGUUGAGGGAUGGAAGAUUAUGGAUCGACCAUCCCGACUAUCCCAUGCCUGGCCACAAGUUUAUGGGGUACUACUUCACAUAUCCCUCUGAAGAGAAGCAUCUGGGCAUGGUGAGCACGAUAGCAGACGAUCCGCCCAUGCUAAACUGGAUUUAUUGCGAUAAAGAAACAGGCAUGGUUCGACACGGCGGUCGUCAAGCCACCAUUGGGCAUACCAUUGGUCCUUGGUAUUGGAGCAACGACGAGACGUGGCUGACGCUCGAAGGGGAUACCUUACAGUUUGUUGCUGUUCAAGACGAGGAAACACAGAGGUGGUGCGUUUACUGGGACAAAGAUAGGAAGAUCAGGGGCUCAGGCGGUAGUUAUGUUGGAGAUGAAGACUAUUCAGACGAAUAUUCGGAGGAGGAUGAGGAUGAGGAAGAAUCAGAAGAGGAAGACGACCCUGAGUUCAGCGAGAGUGAAACGGAGGAACCCAGAAAACCCACCAAGACAUCGGAAAGGGAACCUAAACAGGAAGCUGGAAAGGUCGAGGGCCAGAAAAUCAGAGGUGGAGAGAAUGAGGGGAAGAAGAAUGACGAGAAAACGGAGGACAAGCAGGACGGUGGGGAAGCUCCUGCUCUGCAGCAAGUACAGAAGUCUGUGAAAUGGGUCCCGAUCCUGCUGCGUCGUCGAAUGCAGUUGGGAAUGGAAAGCCGAUACGUCAAGGGCGCAAAUGGCUAAAAACGCGGUGGUACGGAUCAUGUAGAGAUGUGUGAUAUGAUGAGAUGGUGGGCUCACUGCAUAAAGAUCGGGAUAUCAUGAGUUAAGGGUAGCGGUAAUAAUAGGGCCCUGAAAGUGUCAUCAAUGCUAAUAGUAAUAC